UAGACAUCAAAGGACCGCAUCUUCAGCAACCUCCUUCCCUCGUCCUCUCCGCGUGCUAGUCUGCAAAGCGCCCUCAGCGAUGGUCUUCUGGUAGCUUCGAGGUCGUCGGCGUGAAAUUGUCAGAGGCUUGUUAGCAGGCUGCGGCAGCCUACAUUGUGCGAUCUAAACCUGGCUCACUGACUUAACUGCUGCCAGUGCUACCGCUGGAAGAUCCACAUUGAGUUUUUCGGCGCAUCCGCGCGACAUGUCACUCGUCCAAGGCGUCUGAGCCGUUCGCGACAGUAGCAUUGCAUAAGCGCCGCAGCUCAGCAAGGGUUCCAGUACCUCGCUCGUAGUGUGGCCAAUUCAACACCAUCAGCAGGGCUUCCCGCCCUGAGGAUUGCAGCAGUUUGCACCUGCUUCGUGUUGUGCGCGGCGUCAACCCCUCCCUUUGAAGCCGACGCCUCCGAGCUAUUGAGGGCGAAAUGGCUCAGCUUGCGUUUCAUUUGGCCAUCCCUGGCAACGCUCCAGGCAGCGCUGGCGGACCCUCCCCGACCUCGCAACCUGCCCAACGCUCCAACAGCUUCACCGGUCAAGGUAGCAGUCCAUACGGUGGGCCACAGAUGCAGCGCACUUCGUCCUUCGGAGGCGCCCCAGGAUCUGCGCCAUCUCUGAGGCCGUUCGCUACUCCAUUCACACCUGGAGGUGGCACCCCACGGAGUGACUUCGAUGCGGCGGGUCAGCCUGGUGGAGCCUUAGCCCCGCACGGAUUUGGAGAACAGCAGGCUCAGUAUGCGGUGCACAAUGGGAUGUUCUUGGCUCCUGGUCAUAUGGCCAGGCAACUCUCGCACUCACCCAUGAGCGCGCCUGCUUUUGGAAGUAUGCCAAUGCCAAACACUUCCCCUCAGCGUUCCCUCACACCUUUAGGAUUGCAUGCGGACGCUGUACCCUUUGCCCCGGGGCAGGCGAAUGGCUCCGUCUCGCCAAGCGGCUACUUCAUACCCGGCGCGUCCAUUCGCGGCUCCUUCGCCUAUCCUGAUGCGGGCAUUAUACCCGUCAGCCCAAAUGGUAGCAGUCUCUCCCAUCCCACUGCGGGUGCACAAGCGAACGGCCUUCAUAUAGGCUCCGUAACGCUCGCUGCUCCAGUAUUCAAGGGUCCGGGAUUUCCAUCGCCAGUGAAUGAUCCCGAGCAUAGCCCAUUUGGCUUCAUUUCACGUGCAGAUGCGCCGGUGAGAGGAGGCGGCUUGGCUCGGCGCGGGAGGGGUGGCCCUCCAGUGCAUACACCUCUCAAGACGAGCGGACACAACAGCACGCCAAGCGUGCAGCUCAACCCAGCAGCGUUCGCAGCGAUGCUCUCUGCAGGAACCGCAAGUUCAGGGACCCCAAGCACCGCAGCGGCGCCGGGCAAGCCGAAGCGGAAGAACAUCGUCGCUGUACCCUUGGAGUGCAGUGAGGCAGAUGCAGCCAAGCUGGAUGAGAUCAAAGAGCUUCAGGCUGAAUGUGAAGCUGACGAAGAGGGCAACGAUGCAGCCACCGAGGAGAACAAGCGGGAGGUUAAAGGCGCGGGGGAAACACAGUCGAGCGCAGUGGCAGCUCGGGCCGAGCGCCGUGCACGCUUGACGGCCCUUCAAGCGAUCAGCCGCACACGCUCGCUAUGGGUCCGUCGCAUCCCGCUCGCUUUCAAGCUGAUGCCCGAGCCGCCUCACCUACCUUCGGACAGCAUGGCUUCUUGCGAAAUCUACCCUGAGCCCUGGCCGUUCAAAGAGCUCGGCUUGCCAGACACAAUCGAUAUCUACCUUCCUGGGCAGCCCGCUUGGUUGGAGUACAUCGAGAUUCGCAGGGAGGAGAUUGCGGCAGAGAGGGAAAAUCAAGAAGAGUCUGGACCGUCACAUGCAAACGACGUGGUAGGCGGUGAGGACUUUGGUGAUCCCGAUGACGACGAUGCAGCUUGGGAUGAGACACAGCCUGUUGAAGCCGGUGAUAAGACCAUGGUGUUUUUCAAGAUGCAAAAGUUCCUGCAGUCGCAGGCUGACGGGCUAUCUGGGCCAGAGCACCAUGAUCCCAAUGCACCAUUGCCUGAAGAGGUGAAGGACCCCGCCACGCAAGGACUCUUCAGACGCAUCAGCGGCGUCUUGCCUCCCCGACUACGCGAUGCAGCUCUGACGCAGAUCAGCAAGCGUGGUGGCGGUGGCAGUGGUGCACACAGCCACACCAUGUCGCUCGGCCUGCCCUCCUCAGGUGGUCCGUUCGGUCCGGCGGUGCUGUCCGCCCUUGGGCUCAAGGCCGGAUCCGACAAGGCUGCGUCGGAUGCCGGAGACGACGCACCGGCGCUUGGGCCGCGGCCGUCUAUUGCGAGGGGCAAAUCGGUCGGCGACGUUGCUUCACCUAGCCAGGUUACACCCGCUUGGAAGUUGCUUUCACAAGGCUUCGGGUACGACAUUGACGAGGAGGAAGAAGGAGAGGAGGGAGAGGAACAUACCGAAGCGGCCGCAGGAGCGGAAGACAGCGUUCAAAUCAAGCAGCUGGAUGGCCACGAUGAAUCGCUAGCCAUUGAUGACGAUCUGCGAACGAAUCCUUCUGAGGAUGCGGACACGUCGGAUAUGGAUGAGAACGAAGAGGACGUAGAAGACGGAGAAGGCAAAAGAUCGUACGACUCUGUUCGGAAGCACAACACUAGGCUGUCGGCAUUCGGGACCUUACCGCAGGACGUCGAACUAUACCCAGAUUACAGCCACAAGGACCUCGACGAGCAAUUCAGCAACCCGUCUGAUGAGGACGCUGCGCGGCAGGACCGCUUGCAGCAGCCGCAGGUGAACGGCAUCGAAGGUCAUGCGAAACGGCGGCGCCGUGCUUUCACCAGCGGUACGCUCCCGAGCAGCAGUAUCGGGGAAGGUGAAGGCAGUCCUGAGGAUGGGGAGGCGGCGCAUCGUAAGGAUGUUGAGGAUGUCAUUUCCAAUCCUUCAGACGAAGACAACCUGGAAUACGGCACGUUUGGCGAGUCAGACGACCAGAAGAGCCGGGUUCAACCGGCAAAUGUUACGCUUUCAUCGGCAUCCGGGCCGUCCUGUGAUCCCACAAACCUCAUGGCUUCCCUUGACCCUAGUAUACAAGCGUGCGCCUUCAGCGUUUCUGGUCAGUCUGCGGUGCAGACGGCUUCGUCCAACUUAACGCAGGCAGCCGCUGGUCCCAGCUCAGGGCACUUCCGACUGCCAAGCAUCCGGCAUUCCAGCUUUGGCGGCUCUGCAUUUGGCGGCAGCGAGAGGAACACUGAGCGCAAGUCGCUCAGUGCGAAAGCUCCCGCAUUCACGCCUGGCGCAUUCACCUUCCAAGCUCCGGGCGGCGCACCGAAGCUACCACCCAUGCCAACCACUGCCCCGCCAUUUGCACCUGCCAAGGACCCGCGCGGCGACCACGGGCGAGAGAAACGCCAACGCUUCAGCGGCGUACGUGGCCCUCUGGACGACUUCGCUGAUACGCCAGCCCAAGAUGUCCCGCACACCGCUCCUGAACCCGAUACAGGGUUCGGACCAAAUGCGCCAAUAUUUAUCCCGACUUGGGGACAUGCGAAUGGCGCCACAGUUGCGCAGCUUCUCAAUGGGCCGCCUGUAGACGCAACAGCGCCGUAUAUCCAGUCUAAGGUUCCUCCUAGCUUCCUCUCCCAACCCGUCAGCAAGCCGAUCUCCAUUCGCCGCCCAGAUGAUACCCACGAUGUCACCACUACCCAGAAUGCUGGCGCUUCCGAGUGUCCACGCAUUCCUGCAUUUGGAAGCGCUGCCAACUCUGCGUCCCCUUCCUUCGAUUUCACUUUCUGUGCUGGGCACAAACCCACCGGGCCCAAGUCCGGUCUUUCUUCCAUUUUCGGGGAAAGCGAAACGAUGGCGGUAGCAGAGCCGGAGCUUUGUGCGAAUGACGCGCAUAAGAAGGCCCAUCAUCCGCGCGAUGCUAGCAUCUCCCUCUCGGACAUCAAUGGCGAUGCAAAUAAGACGCCCAAGGCGGACGAUGAAGAAGAGUUGCAGGAUAUCAUCGAGGAGCUCGGUCAACGCUUGGAUCAGAGCCUGGAGGUCUGGGCUGGGAGAAUCUUGCAGCAAGUCCAGAACAGCUCGUCCGCCUCUGGACCUGCGCCCCCUUUUCUCGCCGAGCCUAGCGCUGCACCAGCCACAGUCACUCUGCCGCAGACCGAACGCGAUGCACUGUUGUCUGAGGUCGACGCAAGGGUGUCUGGCACGCUCGACACAUUAUUUGCACGUAUGAAGGACCUAAUCAGUGCAACCCGCUCGCCGACGAUGUCGUCAUCAGAGGUGAAUCUUGCGAACGACAGCCAAAUGACACUUAAGGUGACUGAAGAAGGAAAAGGCCGUGGGCAUGGGCCCUUGGAUGCACUGGGUGAAUUCGACUUUGACUACGUGCAAGAUAUCUUGGACUCGAAGAUUACCGGACUUCAAAAAGACGUCGAAGGCGUCAUUCGCAGCUGCUUCUUUGAAAAUGCAAGCAAAGAGGCUGCAGAUGCGUCAGCCGCCAAGGCACCUGAGAUGUCAGCAGAAGCCAUUGGAAGACUCGCAGAUACCCUUGGUUUCCGCGUGAGAAGCGCCUUGGACAAUGUCCAAGCUGUCCUGCUGUCGGCAGUGCACGAGCCGCCUCCGGAGCUUCUGAAAGCUGUCGAAGAGAGCGAGAAGCGCAUCAGGAACGAGCUCAGUGACUUUGUUCCUGCAAGGCAAGCCCUCGACGAGCUCGUCAACGAGCUCCCAUCGCAGAUGAACAACCUCAGCACCGCCUUGCACGAGGCCAAGACUGCCAUUGCGGAUCAGGUCGAAAUGUCCUUAGUCAACGCCAUCACACCGCACCUCGAAUCACUCCGACAAGAAGCUCUGGAUCCGGAUGUGCUGGCCGCAAGAAUCACCAGCAAUCUUAUUCCUCUGCUAGAUGGUCAGCGUAGCGAUGUGCCAGAAAAGCUUGCUGAAGCGGUCGUCGAGUACAUUCGUCCGCACCUACAAGCAAGUCAGACGCCCGCCUCGGCUGACACCGCUUCCACACUGGCAGACGUACAGCAGUUGAUUGGGCAGGAACUUCGCGAACAUGCGUUGAACCUGGAUCCAGUCGUUGCACUCAUAGAGCCCCUUCUCUCAAAGCAAGAGGAUGUGAAGAUGCUCAGCAAUCAGGUGUUGACUCGGCAGGGAGAGAUGGAGAACACGCUUUCUGUGUUGCCGAGUACGAUCAAUGCGAAGACGGAGGUGUUCUUGUCUGCUGCUCAGCAAGCGCAAGAAGUGCAGAGGACAAUCCUUGAGCGCUUGAAGGAGAUUUCAGAGCAGAAUGACGUGUCUCAGGUCCGCAUCAGCAGUCUCAAAGAGGAGCGCAGCGCACUCCGCAGCAAGCUUGAUGACGCGCAGACGCAAGCGGCUGAUUACCGGAACGAAGCCACGCAAGCACGAGUCGAAUUGGACGGGACAAACAACUACGUCUCGACCCUCAAAGACGAGGUCACGCGCCUCGAAAGUCGCUUGGAGGAAGGCGAGAAAGCAGCGGUGGAGGCGUCGGAGCAGAUCACCGACUUGCGCUCACGGCACCGCGAUGCUCUCGAGGCUCAACAUACAGCUGAGCGGCGUGCAGAUGAGGCAUUGCAUCGGGUAAACUCCAUUGAGAGCGCGCUGACCAACGCUCAGUCGUCCAAUACUGCUAUUCAUCAGCGAUUGGAUCAGGCGCUGGAGCAGAUCCGUUUCGACCGCGAAGAACGGCAGCGAGAACGCGAGGCUUCGGCUCAAGCCACGGCCGAGCUCCUGGCCAGACUCGAACGAGCUCAAAGUGUGGCUGAAGAGGCGCAGCGGCGAGCUGAUGCCUUUGCAAAACAGUCUGCAGCAGCCGAUCACCAGGCUAAGGAGGAUGCAGCGAGCAGCUUGGAGCGAGCGGCGAAAGCCGAGGGGGAGAUCUCUGGGCUGGAGAAGCGCAUCGCGGACCAGGAUGCCAAGAUUGCGAACCUGCAACAACUGACUGCCACGCAGAAGCAGAAAGCUGCGCAGAGCCAGCAGAAGCUGUCAGAGGCCGAAAAGAAGGGCAAGGAGCUCGAGGCGCUGGCACAGGAGUUUGCCGUCGCGCAGGCGCGCCUGGCAGAUAUGGAGUCCAGGCUUGUGGAUCAGGAUGUUCUCAGCAACAAGUUGCGUGUGGCUCAGGAAGUGGAGAUGGAGCUGCGCGAGAAGGUAUCGGCAUCGCAAGCAUCGUUCUUCGAGUUUGAACGGGAGCUGAUCAACAUGAAGGAGACGCUGGUGGAACGUGAUGAGCUGGACGCCGUGCAAGCCGAGCUGGCGACUAGUCGCGAAGAGAUUGCCCGGCUGAAGGGCCAGUUGGCCGAACGCGAGAAUGCGGCGAUGGUAGCCGCGGCGACCGCACGUGCGAACGGACCUCUUACCAAUUGCGGCAACGCAAGCACGGUGGCCAUGAAAUGCGGGCUAGACUCGGGCGCCGUCGGAACGUGGGCGUCGAUGCAUGCUCCUCGCAUGGCCAUGUCGCCUUCGGGCGAGGAGGUGGCCUACUACCCUGGCCCCGGCACGAUGAGCCAGUACGGCGGUGCCAAUGGCUCGUAUGGGUCCGAGGCGGAUUACUCGUCGUCUCAGCACCAACAGCCGUACGCGUAUCAACGUCAAAAUAAACAGCAGCACCAAGCGCAUUCGACGACACAGGCUCCACCGGUGCGAAUGAGCCAAACCGUGUCGCUCACGAGCACGGUGGCACUGAAGCAGGUCGAGCAGGACGACGGCGGCUGGUGGAGCUGAGCGUUACGCGACAUUCCAUAGCAUCCAUUAACCGUUAACUAUGCAUCAUCAGAAAACGAUACCCCACUUCUUUCCUGUUUUAUUCGCCGUCAUCCACCGUGUUAGACGAAUACUAACGAUACACUCUAUUCCCGUCACAUUCAAUACUCAAUUUUCACGGCCUAACGGCCCUUCCAUUCAAGCCAACCAUCAUUUCAUCAUGUUAUUCCCAGUGGCACGUGCUCCUAGGUCCGGAGGGGGGGGCGAGCCUGUAAUCAUCAGGGUAUCCAGUUGUGUCAGACCACUAUCAAUCCAUUCAUUUCUCCAUUC